AUUACCGGCUUCCGGCGGAAGUCUCGCCUCCAGCGAAACAGUACCCAUCUGGAGCUUCCGGCAGGAGUCUCCGGGCGGGAGCCCGGGCGGAGGAAACAGAAGACUCCAGAGAGUGUGGCAAGUUGCACCCACUACGUCUCUGAGGAGGAAGCUGUCAGUUUCGUGAGAGGAGCCACAGAAACCUGGGCUCUGGUGAGGCGGCAGGGAAAGAGUAACUGCGGCCUGUGUGAACAGCCUGACAGACUGAGGUGACUUCCUGCAUGGUGCCCCAUAGAGGACGGAGCUGGACAAGCUCUCUGAAGGAAAAGCAAGGCUUGAACAGUGGACAGAUGUCAGUACAGUGACCCAGGAGGAAGUGAACAGAAGUAGACAGGUUAGUAAGUUGAGAGAAAGGGGAACAGGAUACCUGGCGUGUAGGAUCCCCAUGACUGUCUGGGAAGGGGAGGCAGUGGUUCUUACGGUGUUCUUAGGCUGUUCUGGAGUAUUUUGGAGACUCAACCCAGACCCUCCAUGUGCUAGGCCAGCACUACAAAGUAAUUUCUAGACACUGUCUGAGUUGUUACAACUUGGGGUCAGAGACAUGAUGCUUGUGGCAUCUGGUGGCUAGAAACAGGGAUUUGUUAACAGAUUGCAGCAUAGAAGACUGACGUCGCCCAGACAGAGUCAGUAAUGCCAGGCUGCAGAGGCCUAGCCUUGAGAGAAUGUGAACCUGGAGGUCUGUUUGAAGAAGGUUUGACCCUGGGUCCCCAGCUGUUUAGCAGUGUCCACAGGAGCCUGAGAUUAGUGGUCCAGGUGAACAGGUCUGGUCAGCAGUUGGAUCUGUCUCUGGAGUUCAUGGUGACCAGAGCUGGUUGCAUGCCGGGGGGGUGAUGUCAGCCUUUAGAAAGUGGGUCAGGAUACAAGGCUGCCUUAGCCGAGCAGGGCAGGGCCUCCCCCUGGACCCACCAUGCCUUGGGUCACAGCCUGUUGUUUAUUAACCUGGACGUCAGCGGCGCCCACACUGUGGUGUGAAAGAAAGGUAUUGGUGGUGAAAUGAGACAUGUGUCCCCCUGUCCGUUUCUGUGGUGCUGGAGUCACCAUGAGACCACUGGUGAGUUCCUCUUGCUGUAGCAAUCACGAGAGUGAGCCCACCAUGAGGGGAACCUCGCAGCCACCAUGCCCACAGCCCCAGAGCUGUGAGCGCUGUUGCUGUCCGCAGAGCAGGUUUUCCAGAAUGAGAACUCUUAGUUCCACUUGGGCAGCACACAUGGUGUUCUUAACAAUUUCAGUGUAUGGCAGAGCCCUGGAAAAUGUCAUUUGCUGAAGCCAGUGGCCAACCCUUUGCUUUGGUGACUCCCAGAGGUGCUCAGAAUGCAGAAUCCUUUGUAGCCUUUAAAGUCCCUGCUCACUAAACGCUGGCACCUCCUCCAGGUCACCACCCAGGGCUCCCGGGCUCCUCUAUCUUAGCCACAGUCCAGGAGUCCUUUGAACAAAGCUCACAGCCAACUCAGUUUGCCCUCUGGGAGAUGAGAUAACAGGUUCCAGAGUGCAGAGCAGUCUGUCCAGCCUGGUCAGAGAAGAGCCUGAUCUCAUGAUUCUGGAAGGCUCCCAGAGGAGUUGACAUUUCAGCACGGUGGGGAGGAAAUACCUGUAGUACACCUGAAAAAGCAGACGCUGCCUAACAGUGAGCCAGGGCUCACCCACGCAGAGCCAGGGCCCCUGAGCCAGGCUUGCCCUUGCUGGGCUGACUGACAGGUGGUAGUUUGCGUUGGCAGGCAACUCCUCUCUGGGAGUAACUGUUAGAGAUCAGGUACAGCUGACCCACUUGAGUCCUAAAGACCUGAAAUCUCAUCCACACUGUCUGUCAUAGAGUCACCAGACUGAAAGGGAACAAAGAGAAGGGCAGGUGUCUGUACAGCCCUCGUGGAUGUAACCUUACAAGCAUUACACAAGGGAACGGAGUGUGCCACUGAGAGCAUGGCCCCGAGCAUGAGGCCCUGGGUUCUGUCCACAGCACUAAAAAGAAAAAAAGGUCUGCCUACUCAAAUCACACCCCUCUCAGUUGCUACCAAAAAAGUAGGAGAGCGAUGGGCCAUAGACAGGCUCCUGAAGAAGAGAAUUUGUACUGAAGUGGGUCGAACUGAGGAAGGGUGGGCUGGGUGUGGUGUUCCCUCCACCCCUGCUGGAAACAGACCAGCAGCGAUUGACUAGACCAGAUUAGACCUUGGACCUCCAGGCAGGGCUUUGGCCUUCAUGAAGGCAGCUGGGAACUGCUGAAGGGCUGGAGCAAGGGCUGAUGAGACCACUGUUUAUCUGUUGAAAGUCAUAGUAGGGCCAUGUGGAAGACAAUUUGAAUGUACACUUGAGUCUCAAUACCUGGACUGGGGUGGGACCCGUGCCCUCUGCUGUCUCUUGGUGGCCAGAGCUGGUCUGUAGCCACGCCACCAGACCUCGCCUCUCUUCUCUCCAGCAGUAGAGCUGGGGGCCUGUGACCUCUGCAUCCAGCUAACCAUGGGACAGUUUGGCUGUGGUCACCAGCCCCUUAGGUGAGGACUCCAUCAAGGGCCCAGUGCCCGUUCCACAUCAUGGAGGCCGGGAGAACUCUUCCAGCCAGGAGAGCUGCCCUUUGAAAACCGUGGUCCAGUCUUGCUGGCUCUCCCUGCCAGCCAUCUUCAAGAGAGGCUCCCAUUCCUGCUGGCCCACGGAUGGGGAGGUGGGCCCUGGACGUCGCCUUUGUGUGGAAGGCAGUGCUGACCCUGGGUCUGGUCCUCCUCUACUACGCCUUCUCCAUAGGGAUCACGUUCUACAACAAAUGGCUGACAAAGAGCUUCCACUUUCCGCUCUUCAUGACCAUGCUGCACCUGGCCGUGAUCUUCCUUUUCUCUGCCCUGUCCAGGGCACUGGUCCAGUGCUCCAGCCACAGGGCCCGGGUGGUACUCAGCUGGACUGACUACCUCAGAAGAGUGGCCCCCACAGCACUGGCAACAGCGCUUGACGUGGGCCUGUCCAACUGGAGCUUCCUCUACAUCACUGUGUCGCUGUACACAAUGACCAAAUCCUCUGCUGUGCUCUUUAUCCUGAUCUUCUCUCUGAUCUUUAAGCUGGAGGAGCUGCGUGCAGCCCUGGUCCUGGUAGUCCUGCUCAUCGCUGGGGGCCUCUUCAUGUUUACCUACAAGUCCACACAGUUCAAUGUGGAGGGCUUUGCCUUGGUGCUGGGGGCUUCGUUCAUUGGUGGCAUCCGCUGGACCCUUACACAGAUGCUUCUGCAGAAAGCCGAUCUCGGCCUCCAGAAUCCCAUCGACACCAUGUUCCACCUGCAGCCACUCAUGUUUUUGGGGCUCUUCCCUCUCUUUGCUAUAUUUGAAGGUCUCCAUUUGUCCACCUCUGAGAAGAUCUUCCGCUUCCAGGACACAGGGCUGCUCCUGCGGGUUCUUGGGAGCCUCCUCCUUGGCGGGAUUCUGGCCUUUGGUUUGGGCUUCUCUGAGUUCCUCUUGGUCUCCAGAACAUCGAGCCUCACACUCUCCAUCGCUGGCAUUUUUAAGGAAGUCUGCACCCUGCUGUUGGCAGCUCACCUCCUGGGUGACCAGAUCAGCCUCCUGAACUGGCUGGGCUUCGCCCUCUGCCUCUCGGGCAUCUCCCUGCAUGUGGCCCUCAAGGCCCUACAUUCCAGAGGUGAUGGUGGCCCUAAGCCCCUGAAGGGCCUGGGGUCCAACGCUGACCUGGAGCUGCUGCUCCAGAGCAGCCAUCAGGAGGAAGAGGACGGUGAAGAGGAGUAUUUUGUGACCCAGGGGCAACAAUGACCAGCCCAGGAGCAGCAGACGCAGGCUACUCUGCGGUCAGCACUCCUGGCAAAUCUCGACCAGGUUCAGGGGCCCAGCCACCUCCUCAGAGCAGCUGCAAGUGGUGGCCUCAGAGCUGCCUGUAAGGCUCUGAGACUCCUGCUCUUAAUGUGGAGCUUGGUCCCAAAUAGUGAGUGCCAGGCUAACCCCAGACCUGAGCUGUCAGUGAAGGGAGCCAGUGGCCUGUCUCCACCGUUGCUCUGGCUCCAAGAGCCAGGGUGAAUUAAGAGGUGAGGUAGCUUUUCAGAUUCGGAUUGUGGGGCAGCUGGAAAGGAGUCAUGGAGAGGCUGGGCCUCAUCACCUGGACAGCAGCUUCCUCAGAGAGAAGGUUUAUUUAUAGUUGAAAUAAUGAUUUCCUUCUCCACAGCCCAGUGUUGCCUAAGGCAUGAGAGCAAGGAGAGCCCUGGAACCUGGCCUCUCCUCCAUUCCCUGCCUGGGGCCUUGCCGUCUGCCCUGCCUUCUGUAGCCCAUGCUCCUCUUUGUGCCCCAGGCCCCAUCCUUGGGGCCACACCAUGGACCCACCACAGGAAAUAAAUGAGUGUUUGCUCAGUGCCAUCCUCUGCA